UGGUCGACGAAUUUUUGGCUGGAGGUUGUGUCGAGUCGACAAGUCCUGGCGCCAAGCCUGAGCGAUUCACAAACACACACACACACACACCCCGAUACAGACACAGACACAGACACAAGUCGCGGAACGCGCGGCCGGAAAGGCGACCAGGCGAAGAAGACAGGCCCAGUCAAAAUGUGUGCUUACAGAGGCGCGGCGGGGCUCUGACGUGCUGAACUUAGCGUCCAUCGCCAUCUGCGUCGCCGAAGCUGGCAACUCCGGCGCGCGGUCCACUUCGCUUCGCGGCACAAUCUCUCAUCCUCCCUGCAUGUGGAUGAGUGGUAAGGUAGGGAAGGCGGAAGGGAUCUUUUCUGAAGCAUGUCGAUGUCUGUAGAUCAAGGGACAGGAGUUCGAUUCUGACCACAACUUGUGGUGUUUAGGUCCGCCCGCCGUUGCAUUCCUCGCUCGAGUGGAUGUGUGUGGGUAGGUGCGAACGAGGCGACUCGGCGAGGCAGGCUUGUGUUGAGGAGUCCAGGCAGUGCGCACGGGUGUUGUAAGAGAGAGAGAGAGAGAGAGAGAGAGAGAGAGAGAGAGAGAGAGAGAGAGAGAGAGANGAGAGAGAGAGAGAGAGAGAGAGAGAGAGAGAGAGAGAGAGAGAGAGAGAGAGUUCUUUUUCGAGUGGUGUGACCCUCACUCGCGCUCGUCUUCAGUCCAUUCAAUCAGGGUCCGUAGUUCGUCUCCGACUCUUCGUCGUGCGUGUCGACGAGGAGGAGGAGGAGGAGGAGGAGGGGGAGGGGUAGGAAGAGGACUGCUGGUGGGGGAAAGAGGGGGAGGAGAGAGAAAGAGGUGACUUGACUUCGCCGGAAAAAAUGUUUCUGGUGGAUUUCUUCUACAAUGUUUUGGCGUCUCUCGGGCUAUGGCAGAAAGAAGCUAAGAUUCUAUUUCUAGGGCUCGACAAUGCGGGGAAAACGACGCUUAUGCACAUGUUGAAAGAUGAGCGCCUGGCGCAGUACCAACCGACUCAGUAUCCGACGUCAGAAGAACUGUGCAUUGGUCGGAUCAAGGUGAAGGCCUUCGAUUUAGGCGGGCACGAAAUGGCAAGGCGUGUAUGGAAGGAUUACUAUGCGAAGGUGGAUGGCAUCGUCUAUCUUGUGGAUGCCUAUGAUGUUGCCCGAUUCCCAGAGUCGAAGAAGGAGCUCGAUGCGCUGCUAUCUGACGAUUCACUUGCUCAGGUCCCUUUCUUAAUUUUUGGGAACAAGAUUGAUAUCCCUUAUGCAGCCUCGGAGGAUGACCUUCGGCGGUCGCUUGGACUCUCGAGCUGCACCACAGGCAAGGGAAGGGUCAAUCUCCAAGAUAUGAACAUGCGUGCGAUCGAAGUGUUCAUGUGCAGUGUGGUGAAGAGGUCUGGCUACGCGGAGGGGUUCAAGUGGCUCUCCCAAUAUAUCAAGUGAGGGCUGCAUGGAUGGGGAGAGUAGAAGGGAGGGGUGUGAGAUGAUGGAAUUGUUGGUAUUUGUUGGUUACUACCAAGGUCAGUUCCUUUGUGUGCUGGUGAUCUUUUCUCUAUGCCGUUAGGGCAUGCGAGGCGGGGAGCUAUUGGGUGGGUUCACACGGAGAGUGGUAAUCGCGGAUGGUCGAAGGGGUUAGGCGUGAAAGAGGUGGCUGUAAGGGAGGCCCCGGAGGGGAAAGUCCUGCAUUACAUAUUCUGUGGUGAAAAAAGGACAAAAGGGUUUUGCAAGAAUCGUCGGACUAGUAAAUGAUGGGGGGGGGGAAGGGGGUGGUCUUCUGAUCCUCUGGGUGUCUGUUCUUCUGCGGGGCCUUUCCUUUGGAGGCCAUGUGCCAUUCGAUUUCAGUUUAUCGUUUCCAACCCGUUUCUUUGUCAUGUCGGGUCGUCUGAAAAAGCAUCUCGUCAAAGUUGUUUCUACCUUUCACCGAAAACACCUCGUUUUGCUUCCACGGAGGAGCCUCCACUGUCAGGGUUAUGCAGCUCAGAGCUGUCUUUUUCUCAGAGGUUUUGUCACGUAUCGUCCUUAGCUGUCUCUUGCUACAUGUCUUGCUGAUUGGUUCUGUGAGCUGUCUCUGCAGGAUCCUCUUUUUUUCCCCUGGAGUUAUUGUCGAUCCCUUACCGAAGUGCAGAGGUUAAGGAAAGGUACAAUUGUCAAUUCAUUGCGGUGUGGUUGACUUGAUUCACUUCCAUUUAUAUUUGAAAGCUCAGAGAUUUACUUGCAACCGUGAAUAAUUCCGUAAAUGUUGCGGGAUCUUGCGGUGGAGGUAUGCAUCUGACAUGUGUGUCUUUGGGGAUUCUUUUCUUAAGUGGACUGGUGAGUGAGUGAUCCUGAAGUCAUGGCACGAGCCCGUGAUGUUAUUAUUGAUUCAUGGUUCAUGCUGAAUACCUAAAAAGUUUUACUUGGAAAUUGCAAUCAUCUGGAGAUGAGGCCAUGGUCUCUUGGUGUGUGUGUGUGUGUGUGUGUGUGUGUGUGUGUGUGUGUGUGAGAGAGAGAGAGAGAGAGAGAGAGCUUUGUGAAAGUCUCUAUGAAGGUGGGUGAUUGUGCGUGAUGAAGUUGUCGAUGAUGCCAGUGGGAGUUAAAGGCGAUACCGGAUGUGCAGCUGCGAUUGAUUGUGAAAUGUUUCGUCACAAAACUAACAACCACUGUUCCAGUUUCUGCUUGAUUUGUUUGCAUUCACUCGUGUUUUUGUUUCUACGAUGCCAGUACGUGUAGUUUUGGUAGUGGGUCUGCUUGCACUUCACCAGGUUUUCUUUUGCUGGUCUGCAGCAGUAGUGAUAGAACUUCUUUUGUUUGAUUGUGAGUGCAAAGGAACUCAAAGCUGAUAUGCGGCUCGGUCAGAUUAAUGUUAUCCUGUGAUAGCCCUACCUGAAACCGUAAGACACAACAAUCUGAAUUUCGGAGUGUGCUUUACAGGCUGUGGUGAUUGUGUCUCAAUAUCUUCAGCUGCGUGUACUCAAGGUUAUCAGUAUGGAAAGAUAUCCACCAUCAGAGAGAGAGAGAGAGAGAGAGAGAGCAGAAUCGGUUAUCAGUGUAGAAAGAUAUCCACAAUCAGAGAGAGAGAGAGAGAGAGAAGAAUCUGCAGUUGCACGGUCUGAAGGUUAUCAGUAUGGAAAGAUAUCCACCAUCAGAGAGAGAGAGAGAGAGAGAGAGAGAGAGAGAGAGAGAGAGUUAGCAGGAAGUUUUUCCCUUUGAAGUCUCAGAGAACUGCAUUAUGGUGUAAUGUUCUUCACCCUGAGGUUGUGGUCGUCUGGGAAGCCUUAUUAUCUGCGCGUUUGAACCUGGAGUUGGGCUGUCGUGCGCUUGGCAGCGGUCAAUGUGCAUUGUGAAUGUGUCAAAGGAGGUGGGUUGUGCCAUUCAUGAGCUUUUACCUGUGGUAAGCGCUGGAAUUUAGGUCACUGGUCUGAUAACCCGUUGGCGGUGGGCCAUGUUCAGCUACGAGUAG